AUGACGAGCCACAAGAGCAUUGACUGGCAAUUUAGCGGGAGCGAGGCGGCCAAAGAAGCUGCUGCAGCCUCCCUAGGCAGCUACACAUCUGCACUCUAUGCUAGGUGUGAUCCUCUUGGCAAGCCCAUUUUGCCUCCGCGAAACAAGUCCCUCGAGACCAGCAAUACAGCCGAAAAGGCGGUUGUUAAAGCCGUUCUCUGCGGCACAGGAAAUGCGUAUGCUCCUAGCAUUGGCCUUCCAGUCGCCAAAAGUGCCGUUGCAAAGUACCUAAACAGAAAUCUUCCGGAAAAGCUAACAGCAGAUGAUGUGUUUAUGACUGUUGGAUGCAAACAAGCGAUCGAGCUUGCUGUCGACAUUCUAGCUAAACCGAAAGCCAACGUCUUGCUUCCAAGCCCGGGCUUCCCAUGGGACGUAGUCCGCGCUAUCUACAAGAACCUUGAGGUCCGCAACUAUGAUUUCCUCCGCCAAAAGAACUAUGAGAUCGACUUCGAGAGCGUCAGAGCGGCCGCAGACGAGAACACGUUUGCGAUAUUUAUAAUCAACCCCCACAAUCCCAAUGGGAACUAUUACACGGAGGCUCAUCUCAAGCAGCUGGCUGAGUUGGCUCGAGAACUUGGGAUAAUGGUGGUUUCUGACGAAGUUUUUAGAUGGACCGUGUUUGGGAGUAAUCCCUUUGUUCCCAUGGGGAAAUUCUCGUCAAUUGUACCAGUGGUUACACUGGGAUCCAUAUCGAAGGGAUGGGAUGUUCCUGGAUGGAGAACUGGCUGGGUUGCGCUGCACGAUCUAGGCGGUGUCUUCAAGUCCACCAAGGUCUUAAAUGCUGCUAAGGAAUUUCUUGAGAUCAAUUCUAAACCAGCCACUGUUAUCCAGGCUGCUAUUCCUGACAUCUUGGAGAAAACUCCUAAAGAGUUCUUUGAUAAGAGGGGGAGUUUUUUGAAAGAUAAAGUAGAUUUUGCAUAUUCUAAGCUCAAAGACAUACCUUGCCUCACUUGCUACAUGAAACCUGAAGCAUGCACCUUCUUAUGGACCGAGCUGAACUUAUCAUGCCUGGACAUUGAAGAUGAUGAAGAUUUCUGUGAAAAGCUUGCUACUGAAGAAAACCUUGUCCUUUUACCAGGGAUUGCAUUUAGUUUGAAGAACUGGGCGAGGCAUUCUAUUGACAUGGACACUCCGACAUUGGAGGAUGCCUUUGAAAGAUUGAAGAGUUUCUGUGAACGCCAUUCCAUUAAAGGUGAAUCAGCUUCACUCACAAACGGAAAUGGCGUCAACUAA